GACACGAACAUGGAUAAGCAAGGCGUCGAGCUCUCAGAGAUCAGCGAAACGAAACGAGACCUUCACGGAUACGAUGAUUCCGAAGGCUAUCUUGCCGAAGUCAACACCCACGACGCACAAGCUCAGCCCAUCAAAACCACAAAAGACGGUCAUGUUGUGCUCAUUCCUCAGCCUUCUGAUUCGCCUCAAGACACUCUGAACUGGAGCAAAGUCAAGAAGCACGUUGUAUUGUUGGUAGUUAGUUUUGCCGCACUACUACCAGACUAUGGCAGUGCUACUGGUGCCGUCACUUUGAUCCCUCAGGCAGCUGUGCCCGGUCAGCNNGAGUGGAACAUGAGCCCAGAUACUGUCAAUCAUUCACAAGUUGGAAAUGUCUUCAUGCUUGGUGCGGGUGGCAUCUUCGUCGUUGCUCUUUCCGCCUGGGCAGGCAGACUCCCUAUCUUGUUCUACUUCCUAGUCCUUGCUACUGCUACUGCAGCAUGGUGUGCAGCAGCAACCACAUUUGAGAGCUUCAUGGCCGCCCGCAUCCUCAACGGCUUCUUCAGUACCGUCGCUCAAGGCGGCGGUCUCAUGUUCAUCUUCGACAUGUUCUUCUUUCAUGAGAGAGCAAGGAAGAUCAACAUCUGGGCCGCAUUCAUCAUCCUAUCACCGUAUCUGGGUCCUAUGCUCACGGCCUUCAUGAUAACGACACAGAAAUGGCCCGUCGCCUUUUGGGUGUACUUUGUCAUGACUGCUCUGGCCCUUGUCUGUACCUGUCUUNUUGUGGAGGAAACCUUCUACGAUCGGCGCAUAGCUCCCUCAGACCAGCCGCCCAGAGGCACGCGACUCCAACAGAUCUUGGGCAUCUGCCAAUACCGCUCACGCCAUCUCCGCAACUCGUUCGGUCAAGCCUGCUCCCGGCCAUUCCGUGUCAUCAUCAAGCCCACCGUCUUUCUAUCGAGUCUAUACUACACUUUGACUUUCGCCUGGGUGGUCGGCAUCAACACAACCCUCUCAAUCUUCCUGACACCACUCUACAAAUUCGGGCCCCUGCAGAUUGGAUAUUUUUACUUUACACCCGUCGUAGCAGCCCUCAUCGGAGAAGUUGCAGGCCAUUGGUUGCAUGACUGGAUAGCCAAAAGUUACAUUCACUCCCACAAAGGACACUUCGAGCCCGAAGUAAGACUUCGUGCCAUCUGGCUCAGCACACCUUUCAUGAUCGCAGGACUAAUCGGCCUUGGCUUCUCGCUUGAGGAUGGUUACCACUACAUGAUAACUGCACUGUUUUGGGGCCUUUAUGUGUUUGGCAUCAUGAUUACCACCGUCGCCCUCAACGCAUACAACCUUGACAGCUAUCCCGAAGCAUCUGGAGAAGUGGCCGCAUGGCUGAACUUUGCAAGGACUCUUGGUGGCUUUAUCGUCAGUUACUUCCAGGUCACUUGGGCUGACGCCGUGGGUACGAAAGCGAGCUUUGGUACUCAGGCUGCUAUAGUCUUUUUUGCAACUGGCUUUAUCAUUGCAUUGCAGUUUAUUGGCAAGCGUCUGAGGGUAAAGUCUGGAGCACUGCAUUUCCCACCUCUUGAGAAGAUACAUUUAGAUAGGCGCUACAGAGAUAAGAGACAUUAA